AUGUCAACAGAUACAAUCGAUGCUGUUGCUCUUCCUGUCAGCUACAUCUUUACUGAUUUUUUUGGCCACAGAGUCGAAGCUCUUCCCACCCUCAGUGGGCAACUUGUAAGUGAAUUUGUCGUGGUCACAGUCUCUCCUGGCGCUUCAGUGUCUCCCGAGCUCUGCCGGGCUCUGCGGUCCGAGUCCGGGGAGCAGGGGCUCCAAGCGCGGGUGAGGCCGGAGGGCGGUGGACACUCGGCUUCUCAGCAACCCUUCCGCUCGCGCCCGUCUGGGCCGUUAAGGAUGUUGAUUUGUUACCAAACCGCCUGGAAAGCCGGUUACGAUUCAAACAUCAUCAGAGAUCAUCCAGGUUUCGCAGGAGGAAUGGUUCUUACUUUGAUUCUCUUGGGUGCAAAUGACAGAAACUCAUCUCAAACUAACUGGCUGAAAGAUUUGAACUUGAACUUCCUGGAGAAGCUCCACAGGGAGAGACUGGGGUCUCACCUCCUUGCAGAAGCCUGGGGUUUGGCACCUGUGAGGCCACCCCUGUGGGCGGAGUUCCCUUUGGACAGACCCGGGGCUCCACUCCAGCUGCUGACCUUGCAGGGGGAAGGCACCCCUCUGGCUGCUCCUUGA